AUGCAUCUUGAGUUGGCAGCCCAGUCCGGCUACCUUCUACCAGCUGGUACUAGUCAUGUUAACAUUGCAAUGAUAGCCGGUGUGGCGAUCUUCUUCGCCGUUAUGGCCGUCGGAUUCGGCAAGCAAACACCAAACGAGAAGCUGAAGGAGUGCUGUGCCACACUGCACGAAGCUGACCAGGAAUGCGUCAGCAAAUUCUGUGAUUUCAACGCUAUCUCUCAAACCAACAUCCUCAGCUUCUUGUCAAAAUGUUCUGAGAGAGGACCAACUGUCGGAAACAUGUGGGACUGCGUCUCCUUGCGUCACGACCAUACUAAAUGCUGUCAGGCAAAAGGAGUUGAAGGCAAAUGUCUGGAAUACUGCUCGGCUCAUGAUGGCGUUCCAACCAACUACCUCGACUAUUUGUUCUGUGUUGAAUCGUUCAACGAAAUCAGGGAUUGCUUCGUGGAGCACAUUGAAAAGAACCCUCCAUUCAAAAAGAAGGGAGGAAAAGGAGGAAAGGGAGGCAAGGGAAAGUAA